AUGUCUGGAAAUUCAGUUCAACUCAUGCUUCAGCUGUUCUCAGGGAGCAGAUGUUCAACGUCUGCUGUGGUGUGUAGCUUGGUGGGAUGUUUUCUUGUGUUUCAGCUGUACUCCCUUGUUCACCAAAAUGAUAGGAUGGGAGGAGAAAUGCAAUUUCGAUCAACUCAUCACCCACAGUUCCAUGAACUUGAAGAGGUGGAAGAGGAAACUAUCCAAAUUCCCCCACCAAGAAAGCGAUCCCCACGUGCUGCAAAAAGAAAACCUAGGCGACCAACCACUCUGAUUGAUGAAUUUCUUGAUGAAAAUUCUCAAAUUAGACACGUAUUCUUUCCUGGCCAGAAGCAUGUUAUAGAUCCAAUGAAGGAUACAGGGAAUGAUAGCUAUUACUACUACCCUGGGAGGAUUUGGUUGGAUACUGAUGGAAAUCCUAUUCAAGCUCAUGGAGGUGGUAUUCUAUAUGAUGACAAAUUGAGGACAUACUAUUGGUAUGGGGAGUAUAAAGAUGGGCCCACAUAUCAUGCUCAUAAAAAAGGAGCAGCCCGGGUUGACAUCAUAGGAGUUGGUUGCUAUUCUUCCAGAGACUUAUGGAAAUGGAAAAAUGAAGGCAUUGUAUUAGCAGCAGAAAAAACAAACGAAACACAUGAUCUCCACGAAUUAAAUGUUCUUGAGAGGCCGAAAGUGAUUUACAAUGAGAGGACAGGGAAGUAUGUUAUGUGGAUGCAUAUUGAUGAUGUUAACUACACCAAAGCUGCUGUUGGUAUUGCCAUUAGUGAUUACCCUACUGGUCCUUUUGAUUAUCUCUACAGCAAACGACCCCAUGGAUUUGACAGUAGGGACAUGACAAUCUUCAAAGAUGAUGAUGGUGUUGCAUAUCUAAUCUACUCCUCCGAGGACAAUAGUGAACUUCAUAUUGGGCCACUAACUGAAGAUUAUCUUGAUGUGACAAACAUCAUGAGAAGAGUUCUCGUGGGACAACAUCGGGAAGCCCCGGCUCUGUUCAAGUAUGAAGGAACUUAUUACAUGAUCACUUCAGGAUGCACUGGAUGGGCUCCAAAUGAGGCACUGGCCCAUGCAGCAGAGUCGAUCAUGGGGCCAUGGGAGACUAUGGGAAACCCCUGUGCGGGAGGGACCCGACUUACUACAUUUUUUGCACAGAGCACAUUUGUGGUUCCUGUGCCAGCAUUUCCUGGUUCAUUUAUUUUCAUGGCAGAUCGAUGGAACCCGGCAGACUUAAGGGACUCAAGAUAUGUCUGGUUGCCUUUGAUAGUAGGGGGACCGGCUGAUAGGCCCCUGGAUUACAAUUUUGGGUUCCCAUUAUGGUCAAGAGUGUCAAUAUAUUGGCAUAGAAAGUGGAGACUUCCUCGGGGGUGGAGUUCUUCGAAAUGA